AUGCAGAAGAUUUUUUGGUGGACAAUUUUUGUGAUAGGUUGGAUUGUCAUUAUUUCUAAAGCUGAGGAAGAGUUGAGUGUGGGAUUCUAUAGUAAGACAUGCCCUUCUGCAGAACGAAUUGUGAGAACUUCUGUUGCAAAAGCUGUAGCUCAAGAUCCUGGCCAAGCUGCUGGCAUCAUUCGAUUGCAUUUUCAUGAUUGCAUUGUUGGGGGAUGCGACGGCUCCAUACUUCUGGACUCGAUCCCCGGCGUGAACAGCGACUUCGACAUGGAGAGGCACAGUCCAGGAAAGCCAUUACUCCGCGGCUUCCAAAUAAUCGACGACGCCAAAUCCAAACUCGAAUCCCGUUGCCCACAAACCGUUUCCUGCGCCGACAUUCUCGCCUUCGCCGCCCGCGACAGCGUCCUCGCCACCGGCGCCUUCUCCUACGCCGUCCCCGCCGGCCGCCGCGACGGCCGAGUCUCCAACGGCUCUGCCGUGUUCGCCAACGUCCCCCCGAUCACGCCAAACAUCACCCUCCUCAAACACCACUUCGAAUCCAGAGGCCUCUCGCUGCAGGACAUGGUGGCCCUCUCCGGCGCCCACUCCGUCGGAUUCGCGCCGUGCGGGGCCUUCGCCGGCCGCCUCUACUUCUUCAACGCCACGGUGGAGACGGACCCGUCGCUGGAUCCCGAAUUUGCGGCGUUUUUGAAGUCCAAGUGCCCGAAAGGGAGGUUCGACGGGACGGCGGAUCUCGACAACGUGACGCCGGAUCGGCUGGACGUUCAGUACUAUGUGAAUUUGAAGAGGAAGAUGGGGGUUUUGAGCUCCGAUCAGGCGAUGGAGAGCGACCCGUUGACGGCGGCGGCGGUGAGGAGGUAUCGGAAUAGCCGGAGCCUUUGGAUGGCGGACUUUGCGACGGCGAUGGUGAAGGUGGGAAAGAUGAAGGUUCUCGCGGGAACUCAAGGGGAGAUUAGAACCAACUGCAGUGCUUUGAAUUAA